AUGUCGGACAAACAGCACCUGUUGCUGGAGAAGCUGCGGAUCUACUACAACGACCCGACACACUGCUCUACACUACUGGAUGUACUCCAACAAAAGUCCGGGUACCCGAGCCUCCGGACCAUCGAUUGGUUGAUCACUAACUACGCCAAGAAGAAGGGUGUCUCCUACAUUCACGAUGGCAGACCGGUGAACCUUUCUCUCGCCUACAAAGACCAGCUGAGGGCAUAUUCGAAGCGACAGUUCGACCCGUUCAACAGACGCGAACGCAUCGUUUUUCCCAUCAUCGACGUCCGCAACAACCCGAAAGCACCGACCACGACCAUCGGAGGCGAAGAAGGGAUGGAGAUCAAGCUGAUCUUCCCGGAGGAGGCCAAGCGUCACGAAUACCCAAAGGACAGCGUGAUCCACAGCCUGGUCACCACCGUCUGCCAGCUGAACUUUUUCAAGUUUGCGAUAGAUUACGGAGUCUUGGAGUAUGCGAAAUUCAGCAAACAAGCCAUCGAGAAGGACAUGAUCGAAUCCACGAGAGUCAAGAACGAGGAGACGGAGAGAUGGCCCGAUUCGGACGUGAAGAAAAAAGCAAAGGACGGGGGAGAGGGCAAGAGGACGGUAGUUCAACACAAGGCUGCCCUCAUGCAGAACAGGAGAUUCUACGACGAUUAUGAGCUUGGACUCGAGAUUGGGAGUGGAAGUUUCGGAAGGACGCACGUCGCUAUCGCCAAAAAGAUUGCUGGAGGAAAGCGAGUGGCGGUGAAAGUCAUUCCGAAACGCAGGAUGACAAGUCAGGUAGAAGUGGACGAUGUAGUCCGCGAGGUGACCAUCUUACGCAUGUUGCAACGCCAUGAUAACGUGGUCGACUUUAUAGAGGCUUAUGAGGAUGUCAUGAACGUGUACAUAGUCAUGGAACUAUGUCAUGGUGGUGACUUGGCCGACCGCAUACUCGACGUCGGAGGACGUUGCUCGGAGGAGAGCGCAAUUCCGAUCGUCUGGCAGAUAUUGAGCUCCGUCGCAUACAUGCAUCGCAUGGGAGUGAUCCACAGGGAUAUCAAACCCGAGAACUUCUUGUUCGCCAGCGAAGAAAAGGACUCGCUCCUGAAAGCGAUCGAUUUCGGCCUCUCUGGAUUAUGUGGAGAGCGAGAAGUGUUGGACGACAUCGUCGGCAGUCCUUACUUCGUAGCUCCAGAGGUACUGAAGAAGGCGUACGAUCUGAAAGCUGACGAGUGGAGCAUCGGGGUCUUGACUUACAUCCUGCUGGUCGGAUCACGACCGUUCUACGGCAGGACCGAGUCGGAGGUAUUCGAGGCGGUCCUGUCGAAGAGUCCAAACUACGACGGGGUGGCCAUAACUAACGACGCCAAGAACUUUCUGCAGAAUCUGCUCACGAGAGAUGUCAAGGGGCGCCUCACUGCGUCGCAGGCCUUGGAACACCCUUGGUUGCAGAAGAGCCGUUCGUCACCGGUCCUUAAAACCUAG